AUGAUUAAGAUUUAUAUGUUAUCCGUGAAAAUUUCUAAACCACGUCGUUUUAUUCAAAUCCCCACCCAAUUCACAAAUUACAUAUUCAGACCCAUUUGGCCAUUUCUCUCAACUCGCGCAGUCACCACUCAAUGCACAUUCCUCUCAGCUCAAGCGCCCCCCCAUCCCCUGAUUCCCUCACUGUCAUCACCCCUCAAGCUCGUCCGCCGACCCUCAAGUUCACCGCAGCACAGAAAGAUUGCAGCUCGCCGCUUGUCUCUCGGAUCCCAAGGUCGCUGCACAGAAAGACUGCAGCACGCCGCUACACACCUUGAAGAAAUGAUGUGGGCAAGUGUAAGGCAAAAAGUUCUCUCUGGCACCUCCUUUGCUUCUUCGGUUUUGGAGCAAUCAUUGCUAGGUACUUGUUCUAAUUUGGUACCAUUAUCACGAUCUAACUCUAUCACCUUGAAGGAGAUAUUGCCAUUUGAAAGACGAUCAAACAACUUACAAAAUAUUGAUUCCCAUGGUUACUUAAGAUUUCCAGUUGGUGCAAGGCCUAUAAGGGAAGUUAUUUCAUUUUGCUGGGUGGAUCGCUCCAUUUCUGUGCUGAGCAGGUCCUUUUCUUCAGAUACGCCUAAAACUUAUGUUCCACCUUCCAAGUCUUCACCAACAGAAGGUGAACGUGAAACAAGAGUAAGAAAGCAUGUUGCAACGAGACUUCCUUUUGUUGAUGCAUUCCUGUUGAAAAUUAAGAAGAAUAAAGAUCUACUUGCUAACAAGAAAAUUUGGUCACGUAGAUCAGUUAUUUUACCAGAAUUUGUUGGUUACACAGUACGGAUUUACAAUGGGAGAACUUUUGUCCGCUGUAAGAUAACUGAAGCCAAGGUUGGUCAUAAAUUUGGAGAAUUUGCUUACACACGAAAGCGAAGACUUCUUAGAGCAAGUACUGCAGCAGCAAAAAAGAAGGGGCCCAAGGGGAAAAAGUAAGGUUGUUCAUAUGGGACUGAAGAAUCUGAGUUUGCAAGGAUUUUUAUCUAUUUGCUGAUGGUAACCAAGAAAGUCGCCAAUCUUUUUUUGUUAUCUUAGUCUCUUCUGAAUUAACUCUACAAAACGUGAAUUGACUAUUCUUGGCUUUCAUCAUCUUGAAACUUGUUGAACUAGUUUUUGUGAUUGUAAUUUAUAAUAAGAUGUAAAUUUUUUGUACUUGGUCCUGUGAGGAUUUAAAUCUUUAUGUUUGGAAAUUGUGGGCAAAAUUUAUCCAUAGUUGAAAUUGAUGUACUGGUUUAUGAUAGGCAAUAUCAGUUUAUUUUAUA